CUCCAGCUCAAAGACACCUCUCCCUGUCUUCUUCCUUUUCUCCUUCUGUCCUCUUCGUCAGGAACCGUACCCAGAACCGGAUCUGAACCUCUGUUCCCACCUCCAGCUGCAGAAUGGAAUGUAAACGAAUACAGGUUGUGUGUGUGGGUUUGGGAAUUCUGGGCCUCAUUGCUGCCAUCAUCACCUGCGCCCUCCCCAGCUGGAAGGUUUCCUUCACCAGAAAGAACAUUGUAACGACACAGAUAUCGCAUGAAGGUCUGUGGAUGGAGUGUGUGUACCAGAGCACAGGCCAGUAUCAGUGUAAAGCCUACGAUUCACUGCUGAUCCUGGCCUCGGACAUCCAGGCGGCCCGUGCCAUGACCAUCGUGUGCUGCAUAGUGUCGGCGAUCUCCCUGCUGCUCGUCACGUGCAUCAAAAAAGAAGUCACCAAGCUGAAGAGCUUCCUGCCAGCUGGUGUGGGCAUGCUCAUAGCCGGCGUGCUGCUCAUCAUCCCAGUCAUCUGGACAGCCAACAACGUCAUGAGCGACUCCAAAAAAACGUUUGUAUCAAGCCACAGGGAGAUUGGACUGUGCAUCUAUAUUGGCUGGGCCGGAGGAGUGCUCCUCCUGCUGGGCGGAGGACUGCUGUGCUGCUUCAGCCGCCCACGAUCCGGAGGCACCACCAAGUACUACAGCGACAACACCUCAACUCUGGUUAUCUAUGUAAAUGACAUCUGAAAUAGUGAACAUUUCAGGUAGAGGUUUGACGAUGUGUUGGUAUAAAAGCAUAAUAAGAAAAAGGGGCGGGGCAUUUCAGAAUGGGGAUUCAACUAAAUGUAGCAAAUACUCCAAUUAGGCAGGUUUAUCAAUAUAACACAGUUAUAAAAAUUUCUAAAAUAUAAAUAUGUAAAAUAGUAACCAAUGUUAAUAUUACCAUUAAUACUAAGGUAUCAAAAAUAUUCAUUUUGUUCAAAAUUGUUCAACCUGCUACAUUAUCUUUACUUUUUAAAAAUUGACACAACAAAUUAAAAUGAAAGAAUUAAACCAAGAUAAUCCUAAACUGUCAUUUUUUAAUCUGUAAUAGACACAAGGUGAAUUUAACAUACUAGCUCCACACCUGAUUUAAAUGAUUUAUGUAUAGGCAGGGUUUUUGUAUUUAUUUCAUAGCUUUUAACUUUAGGAUUUAGUCAGAGAAGAGCUUCUUAGACCCAUGUAAGAUAUACGAUGUAUGAUUAGCUGUGUAUAAUGUUGCUUUGUAACAAUAAAACGGUUAAAAAAAAAAAUCAAAAUGAACAUUCCUGAUUGUUUGAUUAUGUCACAUUUGUUCAUUUGGAGUCUUUUGUCCAGCAAUGAAGAUAAUGAUGAUGUUGGUGGUAUUCAUUUUUUAUUAUAAACUUUGUAGCCAUCUCAGGAAAUGGAGAACACCACCACCACCAACAACAACAACAACAAAAUGGAG